UAAGUUUCAUCCUAUAAAGAACCUAAAGGAGGGGCCAGGAGGCGGGUCAGUGACGCAAUGCAGAUUGAUUUUCACUCGGACCAUCGACGUCCUGGAUUAGCCCUGAGUUUCGCCAAUCCACGAGACAGGGGUGGGACCGUACAGGCGCAGAACAUUGGGUUUGGCUGGCUAGAUUUAAAGAGACAGAAGCUGUUGGGGUCCAAGAAGACGGUCCCCAAAACCCUCUCCCCAAGUCCUUGGGACGACUUGGGUCACCAAAGCUGGGGAGAUGGUUUGCGGUGGCUUUGCCUGCUCCAAGAAUGCUCUGUGUGCCCUCAACGUGGUCUACAUGCUGGUAGGCUUGUUGCUCAUUGGAGUGGCUGCUUGGGGUAAGGGCCUGGAUCUGGUGUCCAGCAUCCAUAUCAUCGGAGGAGUCAUUGCUGUGGGAGUCUUCCUUCUUCUCAUCGCAGUGGCUGGACUGGUGGGUGCUGUCAACCACCACCAAGUACUGCUAUUCUUUUACAUGAUCAUCCUUGGUUUGGUUUUCAUCUUCCAGUUUGUAAUCUCUUGCUCAUGUCUGGCUAUUAACCGAAGCAAACAGACAGAUGUCAUCAAUGCUUCUUGGUGGGUCCUGAGCAACAAGACACGGGAUGAACUGGAAAGAAGUUUUGAUUGUUGUGGCUUAUUCAACCUCACAACCCUGUAUCAACAAGAUUAUGCUUUCUGCACUGCAGUGUGCAAGAACCAGAUCCCCCCAUGCCAGAUGUGUGGAGAAAAGUUUCUUAAGCAUUCAGAUGAAGCCCUGAAAAUCCUGGGAGGUGUUGGACUCUUUUUUAGCUUUACAGAGAUCCUUGGUGUCUGGCUAGCAAUGAGAUUUCGGAAUCAGAAGGAUCCUCGAGCCAACCCCAGUGCCUUUCUAUGAGACUUUGGAUCCUUCUGACUUCUCCCUUGCUCUCCCUAAGCCUUUUCUUUCUCCUUUAGGGAAAACCCAGGGUCUAUAGUCUUUUUUGUUUGAAAAAAAGGAAAGGCCCUUUGCCAUACCCUAAAGAUGAUUGAGUAGCCAGGCUUUCUGCCUUGACAUGUUUUAGUGGGAGCAAGAUUAUAAGGAAUAACUUCCUCUCUCCCUGAGUGGAUAUGGGAAGCUCCUGGGAGUGCACAAAACGAGAUGGGGGCUGGAGUCAUUGCUGUCUGUCUCUUCUCCCUUCCACAUACUAGACCACCUCAACACAUCCUGGCCUGGCUCCAAGCAUAAAUCAGGAACAGAGCCAGGGAGAAAACCAUCAGAAACUCUUUCUUGUAGUAAGCAGGACGCAGUUUGGAGAAGUUAUAAAAUAAAUGCCAUUUAAACUCCAUAUUCAAAGAAGCAAUUUAAAUGCCUUGUCUUCUCUUGCCAGUUGAGGGGCUCCUCUGACUACGUAGGCCCCGCUACCUAAGGAAAAUCUUUAAGAUUCUGCAGGCAAGUCCAUCUU